AUGGGACGAAGAAAGAAUCCACAUCCUAAACGCGCGGUGAACGCGAGGACGGUUUUGAAGGUGGCGAGAGAUAAAGAAGAAGAAGUGGAAGAAGAAGAACCGGUGUUGUGUUCGAGGAUUCCUGACGAGGAGGAUGAUCUCGAGGCGAAUCAAAAUCAGAUACGAAAAGAAGAAGAAGAAGAAGAGGGAGAAGACGACGACGUAGAGCAAUUGCGGAGGAUUAUGUGCGUGCCGUGUGACGAUGUCGUGGAGCAAAAUCAGACGCGGAAAGACGCUAAAGGAGUGAAGAGAAAGAGAGGGCACGAGUGCGAUGUUUGCGAGAAGGUGUUUACUCGAUCUGAUAAUUUGAAAGCCCACAUGCGUAUUCACACGAACGAGAAACCGUACGAGUGUGAUGUGUGCGAGAAGCGUUUCAGUGAUUCUAGUGCUUUGAAAAACCACACGCGUAUUCACACGAACGAGAGACCAUACGAAUGUGAUGUGUGCGAUAAAGCUUUUCGUCAAUAUGGUCAUUUGCAAAAACACACGCGUAUUCACACAAACGAGAAACCGUACGAAUGUGAUGUUUGCGAGAAGCGUUUCACUCAAUCUAGUAAUUUGAAAAGCCACAAGCGUAUUCACACGAAAGAGAAACCGUAUGAAUGCCACGUGUGCGAGAAGAGGUAUCGUUACGCUAAGAGUUUAAAAUACCACAUGCGCACUCAACAUUAG